UUACGCAGCAGAAAUGCUGAUAACGUGUAAUAAUAUUGGACAGUGUGACAAAAUUUCAUUCUGUCCGAGAUUCAGGUCACAAUUAUAGUUGUGACAUGGGUUCCCAGUCUAUUCGAUUAGUGCAAAUUGCCAUGGUGAUGAUCACAUCACUUCAAUUGGUUUCAACCUUGCACUGUUACACUUGCUCAUCUGACGUAGUCCCAAACUGUGAUGACCCCUUUAACCAAACUAAGGUACCUGUUCAAAACUGUCCCAAUGAAAACCAGGUUUGCGUUAAACAGAUUGUUCCGUUGGCAGGAACCAUUAGAGGAUGUGGGGAUAAAGGAUUGUGCACGUUGAAGAACUCAACGGCAGACUGCGUGACUUGCUCAUUAGAAUUAUGCAACUCUGGUCCGAUUAAUCCACCGGCACACGGCAUUAUGUUGUUUUCCAUUAUUUGUUUAUUUUUAAUGAUUUUUUUAAGUAAUUGAGAUUCUAUCAUCACAUAGUGAUUGUUAAUAGGAUUAGUAUAUGCGAAUGAGGAGAGUAUUGAGUAUAAUAAGGUUUGGCAUUUCAUUAAGAAUUAUAAAUGGAUCAAAACUUGCCUGUCCAUUCUCCCAAAAACGUUUGUAAUACGCAAAGCUCCAUAUUUACGGAAUAUUAACUUUUUUUUUAACUUAAGAAAUAAAAAACAAAUUGUAAAUCA